GAGUGCAGUCAGCCUCGGACAGACUUUGCCUAUCAUGCAUGGCAAACGUAAUGGGAGAGCAUGGUGGCACUGGUUCGCCGAAAGCGACACACCUCAAGAACGAAAGCUGCUCCUGAAACUGGACCUGCUUAUUGUCCCGUAUGCAUUCAUUGGGUUCUGGAUCAAUUAUAUUGAUGCAUCGAAUAUCAACAAUGCAUGGGUGGCCGGACUUUCCGACGACCUCAACUUUCGUGGAAACCAGUUGGUCGACUUCCAAACCAUCAGUCAAGUCGCUCAAGUCAUUGGCCAGAUCCCCUUCGCAUAUUUAUUCCCGCUGCUGCCCAUGAAUUGGCUGGUACCGGGAACGGAGAUUUUCUGGGGCAUUUUCACCCUCUUGCAAUAUCGGGCCAACUCGUAUGCAGAGUUCAUGGCAUACAGGUUCUUCAUUGGGUUCUUCGAGGCUCCUUUCUUCGUCGGAGUCCAUUAUGUUCUUGGAUCGUGGUACCGAGCGGACGAACUUGGCCGUCGCGGUGGAAUUUUCUAUAUCGGCUUGACGCUUGGGUCUCUUACCUCAGGCCUGAUCCAGAGCAGUGCCUCAGCGAACCUCGAAGGGGUUGCGGGUCUCGCAGGUUGGCGAUGGAUGUUCAUCAUCGUCUCGUUGAUGACCUUCGUCGUCGCUAUUGCGGGAUUCUUCAUCUGGCCCGGCACUCCCGAUAUUCCCAACAAAAUGUUUCUCAAUGAGGAGGAGCUUCAGAUUGCGCGAAGGCGCCUGCAGGAGAAUGGAACCGGGGCCAAGAACAACGCGAUCCCCAAACUGUCACUUGGCUUGCUCAAAUCGGUCUUCACCAGCUGGAAAGUCUAUACUCUCGUCGCCUGGAACCUCUUCUUCUGGAACAGCGACCCUCAACCUUGGGGCGGGUACUUGCUCUGGAUCAAAAGCCUCGGCCGUUACACGAACGCCGAAGUCAACAGACUCGGGUCAUCAGCACCAGGCAUAGGCAUCCUCUAUGUGCUGUUCAUUAACUUCAGCUCCGAUCUCUGGCUUGGACGGACCGGCGCCAUCCUGCUUGCGCACACCGUCAACAUUGUCAGCAUGACCCUGCUCGUGGUCUGGAACAUCCCCGAAAAUGCCAAAUGGUUCGCCUUCAACAUCUACUACUUCGACAUUGGAAUGAGUAGCGUUCUGUACGGCUGGGCAAAUGAUAUCCUCCGGCAUAACAAGGCAGAGCGUGCGGUGACGCUGGUUGUGAUGAACACAGUUCCCACCGCCAUCCGUGCUUGGAUCGGUCUCCUUGUCUUCAAGACCGUUGAAUCUCCUCGGUUCACAAAGGGCUACUCUUUCUGUCUUGCCAACUCGAUAUGCCUGAUCGGCUUCACAUUCGUUGUGAGGCAUUUGUAUAGGAAGCAGGAGUAA